AUGGCCACCUUGUUCCCGGGGAGUCCCCAGCACUUCGCACAUAGUGGUGUAUUUCAGGCUUUCGCCAACCCCGAGGAUGCCCUGAGGCACGGAGGCCCGCAGUAUUGCCGGGAUGACCACGACGUGGACCGCUGCCUCAGAGCCCACCGGAACGACAUGGAGACCAUCUACCCGUUCCUGUUCCUGGGGCUGGUCUACUCCUUCCUGCAGCCCAACCCCUUCGUGGCCCGGGUGCACUUCCUGCUCGUCUUCCUGGGCCGCGUGGUGCACACCGUCGCCUACCUGGGGAAGCUGCGCGCGCCCAUCCGCUCCCUGGCCUACACGCUGGCCCAGCUGCCCUGCGCCUCCAUGGCCCUGCAGAUCGUCUGGGAGGCAGCCCGCCACCUGUGACCGGCAGCGGACACCUCCGUGCCAGCCGCUGGCCACCAGCCACCAGGGCCCGGACUUGGGGAACCGGGCCUCCCUUCGAGAUGGGGAUGGGCCCCGGGGCCUGGCUUCCGGCAGCUUGCUGGGCGUGGGCUCCUGGACCAGUGGCCCGUGUGUGUGUGUCCCUUGGAUUCCUGGGUGAAGUGGCCAAUUGGGACCGUUUGGAUAUGGCUGUCAAGAUUGAUAGACAGUUGUUCAGCCGGCGUGGCUCAGUGAUUGAGCAUCAGUCUCUGAACCAGGAGGUCACGGUUCGAUUCCCGGUCAGGGCACAUGCCCG